GACUGGCUGCGCUCUUACUGCUGCUGGGUUCAUGUUUUUUUCCUCUCACAAAAUUGUCAUCUUUUUCGAUUUUGCAUUCUCUUCAAGCUACAUAUUUAAGUUAGUUAGAGACUAAAGCUGUCAAAUCAGAACCCAACUGCACUCCUCAUCUCAGACAAAGCGUAAUCGAGCGAAGUGCGAAGACCUCUGAUCACAAAAAAAGGCCUUUAUGAUACUAUAGGUACAUUGUCAUGGGCUCAAAAAGGAGAAGGGCUACAUCUCCAUCUAGUAGUGUCAGUGGGGGGGAUUUUGAGGACGGACAGCCCUCCUCCUCAACAUCUUCAGUAUGUCGGAAAAGAAGAAGAACUUCUAACAUACCCACCGUUGAUCCAAUUGCAGUGUGCCAUGAACUGUACAACACUAUCAGAGAUUAUAAGGAUGAACAGGGAAGGAUGAUAUGUGAGCUGUUCAUAAGAGCACCCAAGAGACGAAAUCAACCGGAUUACUACCAUGUUGUGACUCAGCCCAUUGACAUGAUGAAGAUCCAGCAGAAGCUGAAGAUGGAGGAGUAUGAUGAUGUAGAGCAGAUAACGGCCGACUUUCAGCUGUUAUUCAACAAUGCUAAGGCAUAUUAUAAGCCGGACACUCCAGAGUACAAAGCAGCCUGUAAGCUAUGGGACCUCUACCUGCGCACCAAGAAUGAGUUUGUGCAGCGGGGGGAUUACGAGGACGAUGAGGAGGAAGGGGAAGAUGCACAAGACAAUCCUGGGGGGUCCAAUGAGGAUGAGAAUUCACCCAGUUGCCUGAAGGAGGUCCUUGAGCAACUACUUGAAGCAGUUGUAACAUUCUCAGAGCCUUCCGGACGUCUUGUCAGCGAUCUGUUCCAGAAAUUGCCAUCUAAAGUGCAAUAUCCAGACUAUUAUGCCAUAAUAAAGGACCCAAUAGAUUUGAAAAUCAUCGCCCAGAAGAUACAGAUGAGCCACUACAGAAGUGUCAGUGCUAUGGCAAAAGACAUAGAUCUCCUGGCAAAGAAUGCAAAAACGUACAAUGAGCCUGGGUCACAGGUAUUUAAGGAUGCAAACACCAUAAAAAAGAUUUUUGCACAAAGAAAGACAGAACUUGAGCAUGCUGAGCCAAUCAAAUCCAGCAUUCGCAUCAAAAACAGAAGGUCGGCCCAAGGUGACCGACUCUCAGCUAUUACCAUGGCUCUUCAAUAUGAAAGUGACGACGAUGGCAUUCUGGCUGGAUCUGUCCACUAUGAUGAGGGGGAGUCUGAGGCAGAGAGCAUGCACCACAGCAUGGACAUGAAUAACCCCAUCUUCCAGCUGUAUGAGGCUGUGCGGGGCGGCAGGAAUAGUCAAGGCCAACUCAUCUCUGAGCCCUUCCUUCACCUGCCCUCCAGAAAGGACUACCCAGACUACUACCAGCAGAUCAGCCAGCCAAUCUGCCUCCACCAGAUAAGGAUCAAGAUGAGGAACAACGAAUAUGAGAGUGUUGAGCAGCUCGAUGCAGAUCUCUCUCUGAUGUUUGAGAACACCAAGUGCUACAAUGCGCCUCACUCCUCCAUCUACAAGCGUGUGCUUAAACUUCAGCAAAUUCAACAGCUGAAGAGAAAGGAGCUAUUGAGCAGGGAGGUUGAUAGCAUGGAUGGAGACAGCAUUCUCUCUUCUACCAUAUCUGAAACUGGCAGCACCAAGAGAAAGAGCCAUAAGAAGAACACCAAGAAGAACCGAAUGAAGGCCCUGUACGCCGCAGUUACAGAGGCCCGAGAGAUGGGCACUGGCCGGAGACUCUGUGAGCUCUUCAUGGUCAAGCCCUCCAGGAAGGAGUACCCGGACUACUACAAGAUCAUCUUAGAACCCAUGGACCUAAGGACUAUCGAACAUAACAUUAGAUCGGAGAAGUACAUGACAGAGGAUGCUCUGCUGGACGACAUGAAGAUCAUGUUCCGCAAUGCACGCCACUACAACGAGGAGGGCUCACAGGUGUAUAAUGAUGCUAACAUACUGGAGAAAAUUAUGAAGGACAAACAGAGGGAUCUUGGCCCGAUGCCUGACGAUGAUGACAUGAUGUCACCAAAGUUGAAAAUAAGGAAGACUGGCCUCCCCCCUAAGAAGUCCAAGUACCUGACCCCCCUGCAGCAAAAGCUCAAUGAGCUGUACGAGGCAGUGAAGAACUUCACAGACAAGCGGGGCCGACGCCUCAGCACCAUCUUCCUUCGGCUGCCGUCCCGCGCCGAGCUGCCGGACUACUAUAACGCAAUCAAGAAGCCCGUGGACAUGGAGAAGGUCAAGAGCCACAUGCUGGCCAAUAAGUACCAGGAUCUAGAUGCGCUGGUGGAAGACCUGGUUCUGAUGUUCAACAACGCCUGCACCUACAAUGAGCCGGAGUCUUUGAUCUACCGCGACGCCCUGGUGCUGCACCGUGUGGCGCUGGAGACCCGCCGGGACCUGGAGGGGGGUGAAGAUGCUCAUGUGCCAGACGUUUCACGCCUCAUUCAGGAGCUUAUCCGUAGCCUCUUCGUCUCGGUACUGGGUCACCAGGAUGACGAGGGCCGUUGCUAUAGUGACUCGCUGGCAGAAAUCCCCGCUAUGGACCCCGGCACCCCCGACCGACUGCCGCUCAACUUUGAGAUCAUCAGAGCUAAUGUGGACCGGGGACGUUACAGGAGGCUGGAUGUGUUCCAGGAUCACAUGUUUGAGGUGCUAGAGAAGGCCAGGCGCAUGCACAGGACGGACUCCGAGAUCUUUGAGGACGCAGUGGAACUGCAGCAGUUUUUCAUCCGCAUCAGAGAUGAACUGUGCAAGAACGGAGAGAUCCUGCUCAGCCCUGCUCUUAGCUACACCUUGAAACACCUUCACAGUGAUGUGGAAAAGGAGAAGAAGGAGAAGCUGCCCAAGGAGCUAGAGGAGGACAAGCUCAAAAGGGAGGAGGAGAAAAAAGAAGCUGAGAAGAGUGAGGACCCUGCUGGAGGGUCAUGGCCCUCUGGUCUUCAGCGCACCUACAGCCAGGACUGCCGCUUUAAAGACAGCAUGUACCAUGUAGGAGACUAUGUGUAUGUGGAGCCUGCUGAGCCCAACCUGCAACCGCACAUUGUCUGCAUUGAGCGCCUGUGGCAGGAUGAUGCAGGUGAGAAGUGGCUGUAUGGAUGCUGGUUCUACAGGCCAAAUGAAACAUUUCAUCUUGCUACGCGCAAGUUCCUGGAGAAGGAGGUCUUCAAGAGCGACUACUACAAUAAGAUUUCUGUCAGCAAGAUACUAGGCAAAUGUGUAGUCAUGUUUGUGAAGGAGUACUUUAAGCUUCACCCAGAGGGCUUUAGGGCAGAUGAUGUGUAUGUCUGUGAGUCCCGCUACUCAGCCAAGACUAAGUCCUUCAAGAAGAUCAAGAUGUGGACAAUGCCAUUGAGCUCCGUUAGAUUUGUCCCUAGGGACAUACCUUUACCAGUCGUUCGUGUUGCAUCAAUGUUUGCCCCUAAGCAAGAAGGAGAGAAGCCGGCAGAUAUUACAGAAGAGGGCAAAGCUGUGGACACUACUGUGGAUAAGGAGAGGGAGGACGUAACUCUGGACAUGACCAGUGGGGAGCCUGGCUGCCAGUACUACGAGCAGCUCUGCUACAACAGCACCUGGCUGAAAGUGGGAGACUGUGUCUAUAUUCGCUCACAUGGACUAGUGCGACACCGAGUGGGAAGGAUUGAGAAGAUGUGGAUGCGGGAUGGAGCAGCUUACUUUUUUGGCCCCAUCUUCAUCCACCCAGAGGAGACUGAACAUGAGCCCACAAAGAUGUUCUACAAGAAGGAGGUGUUCCUUAGCAACCUGGAGGAGUCUUGCCCAAUGACUUGCAUCAUAGGAAAGUGUGCAGUGUCCACUUUUAAAGAGUAUAUUUCAUGCCGGCCCACUGAAGUGCCUGAGGAGGACAUUUUACUGUGUGAGAGUCGAUACAUCGAGAGUGAGAAACAGAUGAAGAAAUUCAAGGGCCUAAAGCGCUUCUCCCUGUCUGGGAAAGUGGUAGAGGAUGAAAUGUAUUACUUCAGGAAACUGAUAGUGCCCCAGAAAGAGCCAUCCCCUUUGCUGGACAGAAAGAUUGCGGUACUGGAGGCUAAGUUUGCCGACAUGACAGACGAGGAGUUGGAAGACCUGGGGGAGGAUGAUGGGGAGCUGGGAGACACCUCCAUACCCCAUCUCCAGAGCCCCAGGGCAGGCAGUGACAUGGACAUGCCUUACACCCCUCCACAGGUCAGAGCCGCAACAUGCACUGGGCAAAUAUGUGGUUAUGUUGGGAAGUCCACUCCCAAGUCCAUUAAGGGAAUGUCUAAGAAGGAGGGCUCCAAGAGAAAAAUCAACAUGAGCGGCUACAUUCUGUUCAGCAGUGAAAUGCGUGCAGUUAUCAAGGCCCAACACCCCGAUUUCUCCUUUGGGGAGCUGAGCCGUCUGGUGGGCACAGAGUGGAGGAACCUGGAGGCUCCCAAGAAAGCAGAUUAUGAGGAGCGAGCAGCUAAAGUGGCUGAGCAGCAGGAGCGGGAGAGGGCAGCCCAGCAGCUGGCUUCUCCUAGAGCAGGCAUGAGGGGUACAUUUAUGCCAUGCAUGAUGCUGCAGGGCCCAGUGGACGGCAUGGUUAGUAUGACUGACAUGCCACCACAUCACAUGAGGUUGCCUGUCUUAUCCCAUCAUCACCUGAUGCUGGGUAUGCCCGGGUUUCCUGGCAUGCCACACCCGGGUGUCUUCAUGAGUACUGCUGGUCCCAAUGGAAACCAGAUGGCUGGUCAUGGGCAGCAGGCUCCACCACCCUACCCAGGACACGGCCAGCCUGCCCUCCAACAACCAUCAACACCAAUAUUUGUAGCCCCACCACCCAAGCCCCAGCGCCUGCUCCACUCGGACGCAUACCUGAAGUACAUUGAGGGACUUAAUGCAGAGUCUUCCACCAUCAGCAAGUGGGACCAAACUCUCUCAGCUCGAAAAAGAGAGAUGCGGCUGACCAAAGAGCAGGAGAGUAGGUUGCCGUACCACUGGCUGAAGAGCAAGGGCGCCCAUUCCACAAUGGCAGACGCGCUGUGGCGUCUGCGGGACCUGAUGCUGCGCGACACACUGAACAUCAGUCAGACCUACAACCUUUAGAAUGUCUGGGCUACUGCUCCUUACACUAUCAAACAGGAAAGGCGUGUUAGGCUCAUUACAAAGAAAGGUGAACAUUGUUUUGUUGUUGUCAUGUAAAGUUGUCAUUCAUUUGUGGAAUGAUUAAAUGUUCUCGCUUACUUUGUUCAAGCUGUUUUGUAUUUGCAUUUUCAUUGUUCUAACAAGUGCAUUAUUAUUUAAUUGAAUGUUUUGGUGCUGUGAUGGAUAAACCUUUUUAUUUAACAACAAAUCUGAAAAUGGACUUGUUUUUU